CGAUUACGAUUUCUGUGUAUGUUUAUAUCAGCUGUUUAUUUGAAACUCGUCUCCGAAGAAUGCCCUUCAUCUCCAAAGACUGGCGAUCACCGGGGGAGGCUUGGGUCAAGACCCAGGAGGGCUGGCAGAAGAAGAAGGUGCUCGAACAUUGCAGAACCAUUAAAGAAAGAAGCGAUAACUGUGAAGAAACUGAAAAUUCAGAGACUGCCAUCCAGCCUCACUGUCAUAUAACGAUAAAAUCCACGAAAGAGAUUGCCGGCUUUAACGAAUUAGACGAAGCCGUGAAACGACUAGAUUUCAGGAGCGCCGUAAGAGACGUCCGUAGGUUUAAUUACAUAUGUGCUCUGCUAGACCUCCUGAUAGGCCAGCAAAUGACGGCACUAUCGGGCUGUGCCCAAAAAGUACUCCUAGCUAUGUUAGAAGAGGUCGCGAGUCACGCGACGACUAGUCAACACAAUCCGAGAGGUUUCCGGCAGCUACUUAACAAUCUGAGGGCCUUAAGGGCGGCGGAAAGAUCCGCAUGUUGGGGAGGUCCGCUAGGGUCUCAGUUGCUGUGGCACCAGCAUACGGUUAAAAUCGAGAGGAUAUUAAAUAUGGCCGCUCAGAUGCAAAUCCGGGAACCCAGUCCGGACAUGCAGCCGAAAUUGUUGCAGUUGCCCGAAGAGUGCAUACGCGAAAUAAUCCUGCGUCUGUCCGACCACAGAGAUCUUAUCUCGAGCGCUCAAAGCUGCGAACAGAUGGCGUCCAUUGUCGGAGAACAGAGGGUAUGGAGAGAGCUGACUAAAUUCCAUUUUACUCCUCAACAAAUAGACUUAGUGUUACCAAAGGAUAAUGAGAAAAUUGACUGGAAAAAUAUAUAUCACACGUUGAAAAAGACUUUUGGAUUAAACGAAGACAGACAAUACGCGGAGAUGCUAUCGCUGUGUCGCUACUGCCGCUGCCUGUUCUGGCGGUCGCUAGGACACCCCUGCAUCGCGGAUCAGUGUCCGGAGUAUCGGGCAAGGCUCCAGGAAGCCGGGGGAAUAACUCCCCCCAGCCCCGUACCACCCUCGGCGUUUCUAAAGUUCUUCUCCUUGUAGUUGCCUUCCCCUACGAUUGAUUUGUUGUGCUUCUCGUGCAUUGUGAUAUACAUAUAUUUACGAUUUUGUGUAAUUAUAGGCUGCUAUAUUUCUCAUAGUUACUAUUAUCAAAUUUAAAUUAUAACAAAUUAAAAUAUUUUUACUUACGUCCUACUA